AUGCGAAACGCUCGCCCGUGCUUCCAUCUACAGAUGCCUGCAGCACGCGACAUCGUCUCGCCUGCGAGCUCACUCAUACUCAAGCUCUUGAGUGUUCCGAUAUUCUUUGUUCUUCCCACCACCAUGCCACCUCUCUCAGGAUUCAAGAAGCUCCAUCAUGCUGGACAGUUGGUGUCGAACUUCGAGUAUGAUCGACUUAUCGAAGUCUCUGUGGUAAUUCUAGUCGCCGCGACUAUCAUCUGGUUUGCGGUUGCUUGGAUUUCACGGAGAGGGAGCCGAACUGUUGAAGCAGGUCCGGACGCUCCGGAAAAAUCUCUCGACAGGCCUUUGGUAGUGAGACAGGACUCGGCUAUAUGCUGCCAGAAGCACUGGGAAAGUUAUCACAAUGACCGCCUGAAUUCCCUUCAGCAAGAGAUCCUCCAGCAUACCAAAAAACCUAUUCACCCUUGGAUACUGCCGCCUCAAAAAUUGCCUGGGCCCUAUGACCCGAUGUACUAUCCUUUACCACCGCCAACGAUCCGGCCAGUGUCUCCUAGACCUCCAAGAGAAAAGUCUGAAGGGAGACAUUCCACGUCUUACACUCGAUUGGUACCUGCCACAGGUGCACCGCCGGAAAAACUCAAUCUCUACGGGACCAUGACCAUGUCGACAAAAGGCUGGCGCCGAACACACUGGAACGUGACUGGCGGUUGA